CAUUCAAGUGCAUCACACAAAAACACACUACGAGCACAGCCAUCAAGCUUGUGCUUCCCUUCCUCCUUUGCUUAUCAACUUCUUCUUCGCUGAAACUUUAACUCCAAGCGAUGGCUCGUGAGAGCUCUUCUGUCAGAUCCGCCUUCUUAUUGUUGCUGUGUUUUCUUCUGGAAACAGCCUCAGCUCAGCUGUCCAGUACUUUCUACUCCACCUCCUGUCCCAGCGCCCUCUCCACCAUUAAAUCCGGCGUGAGCUCUGCGGUCAAAAGUGAGGCCCGCAUGGGCGCAUCGCUGCUCCGCCUUCACUUCCACGAUUGCUUCGUUAAUGGAUGCGACGCAUCUGUUCUAUUGGACGACACUGCAAACUUCACUGGGGAGAAGAAUGCUGGCCCAAAUGCCAAUUCCUUACGGGGAUUCAACGUGAUUGACACAAUCAAAUCCCAAUUGGAGAGUGCAUGCCCCGGCAUCGUGUCCUGCGCUGAUCUCUUGACCGUGGCUGCGCGAGAUUCCGUCGUCGCUUUAGGUGGCCCAAGUUGGACAGUCCCGCUAGGAAGAAGAGACUCAACCACUGCAAGCCAAAGUGCUGCUAAUAGCAACAUCCCUGCCUUUACUUUGAGCCUUAGCGGCCUCAUCACUGCCUUCUCUAACAAAGGUUUCACCGCCAAAGAAAUGGUGGCACUCUCAGGGUCGCACACGAUAGGUCAAGCCCGAUGCACAACUUUCCGGACCCGUCUUUACAACGAGAACAACAUCAACGCCACGUUCGCAACCUCGCUCAAGGCGAACUGCCCAAGCUCCGGAGGCGACAACAAUCUCUCUCCUCUAGACACCACGAGCCCGACGUCCUUCGACAAUGCCUACUUUAAGAACUUGCAAAUCCAAAAAGGUCUUCUUCACUCGGAUCAGCAAUUGUUUAGUGGUGGUUCCACGGACGCUCAAGUGAACGCUUAUAGCAGCAAUUCAGCUACUUUCAUGACAGAUUUUGCUAACGCCAUGGUGAAGAUGGGUAACCUCAGCCCGCUCACCGGCUCAAGCGGUCAGAUUAGGAAGAGUUGCGGGAAAGUCAACUAAUGAUUUUUCUGGGUUUUGCUUUUGCUGUCUCUAAAGUUUUGCUUACGCUCUCAAGCCCACUAUGAUAAGAAAAAAGGUUCAAUGUAUUGUCCAUUGGGAUGUUUGGUCCCACUUUUAAUAUUUAUGUAUGAGCACAUAAAAGUAGUGUUCAUGUAGUAGUUGUGACA